UUACCGGCCUGACGUUGGCGACAUUAUCCCGACGUUCGACAUCGGUCCGGUCGGUCGGUCGGCAGUGACGAUUGUUUACACGAUGGCGUCCGGCGGUGAAAACGCGACCGAGGAACGGACGGAGACGUCAACGCCGGUUCAACCCGUUGCCAAUGCCGUAUCCGAGACAACCCACAAAGUGAUAGGGAUGGAUAAGGAUGGCGAAUUGUCUGGUGUACCAGCAAAGAAACCUCGUGUCGAAGUGCAAUCUCUUCCAACCAGACAGUAUUUAGAUCAGACCGUAGUACCGAUAUUGCUGCAAGCAUUGUCAUGUCUGGCCAAAGAGAGACCUGCCGAUCCUAUAAGUUUUCUCGCCGGUUAUUUAUUGAGAAACAAGAGUCAAUACGACAGCGGCGGUUCGCCGCCGACUAGUCAAUGAAUGCUUCCUCAUCUGUGCGUGCCCGUUUUAUGGAAAUUUGAUGAACAUUUCUUCGUAAGAAAUCUCUUUUGAUUUUUUAAAUACAUAUUUAUGAUAAACAUAUAUACUUUUGUAUUUUCGUAUAUGAAAUAAAAAUGUGUUAGCUUUUUACUGUAGGGAUGACAAUGAUGCAUAGAUGUACGAAAUAUCUGGAUGGAGCAUAGUGCUGUGGGGUUGAAGUUCAAGGGGAAAGAAUAGUAAUGUAAAAUCAUCAAGAUGACAACGACUGAGAGUGGAAAGAGCGGGGCGCACUAUAUUACACUACUUGACUUAUCUACAAUGCCGUUGUGUUUAAUGUUGUUCAGUUAAGCGUGUCUUGUUUAAUCACAUUGCGAUUGAUCACAGCCACUUAUAGCGAUCAAUACUUGAAGUAUUUCCACUGUGUUAUAUUGAACUCUAACCAGAAAGUUUUAUGUUAAAUUAUUUAAUUAGCGAUGGACACUCUGUGUCUCAGUUAGGCUGUAGAUCAAUCAGUUAUGAACAAUGUAUUAUGCUUCCUAUGAAUGCUUCGCCAAAACUGAAUCACUACGAUUUUAGAUGAAUUUGCGACUGCAUUGUAGACUACGUUUUACACAAACACGGCGCUACGUGUCUCUGACAGAACAAUCAAGAUCGAUUUUUUCCACAAUCUCUCAAACUUCAUUCUCCUGGCCUAAAAGGGUAUUUUACGCUCCGUCUAGGUAUUUCGUACGUCCAUGUUUUAGCGAGAUAAAAUGGUGUUGUUCUGAGAAAUGUAAUGUUAAUUAGUCUUGAAUUAAAAACAAUUUUUAACAUUGAAA